UCAAAUGUCAGUACCCAUGUAAUUUAUUUUCCUGGUGAAAUGGCAUGCAUCCAAUCCUGGCAUGUGAAGAAGGGGGCAUGCCAUCUGGGAAAUGCAAGGCAGCGACAGCAAGGCAAAGAGACAAUGAAUGACCCAUGCUUUAUCCCCUACUCCUCUCUCUCUCUCUCUCUCUCUCUCUCUCUCUCUCUCUUCUUUAAAGAAACAGUGAGAUAACUGCAAAAAGUCUUUCCCUCCUCCCACUCACCCCCCCCCCCGCUCACUCAAAUUCGGGGCGGUGACAGCCCUAGGAGUGUGAACUGCCCCUUUAAAACCUGCUCUCUUCCAGUUCUACAGAAAGGGAGUGACCUCUGGGCUUUGACAGCUCCCCUAAUAACUAGCAGAGCCCGAGCUCCGCCCGCGGCCCCUGAUUGGACCGCGGGCCGGUAUCCCGCGCGCGGAUUGGCUGGCCGCUUCCCCUGAGCGAACCUUUAGAACUCCGAGGCACAAUAUUCUGUUACAUUGUAGCAAAAUGGCGACUGUCAUUCACAACCCCCUGAAAGCACUUGGGGACCAGUUCUACAAAGAAGCCAUCGAACACUGCCGCAGCUACAACUCCCGGCUCUGUGCUGAGCGCAGCGUCCGCCUUCCCUUCCUGGAUUCACAGACUGGGGUGGCUCAGAACAAUUGCUAUAUUUGGAUGGAGAAGAGGCACCGGGGACCAGGCCUGGCUCCGGGUCAGCUGUACACGUAUCCUGCUCGCUGCUGGCGCAAAAAGAGACGCCUACACCCUCCAGAGGAUUCCAGGCUGAAGCUGCUGGAAAUUAAGCCUGAAGUUGAUCUGCCUCUCAAGAAGGAUGGGUUCACAUCAGAGGGAACCACGCUGGAGGCCCUGCUGCGUGGAGAAGGGAUUGAGAAAAAAAUGGAUACUAAAGAAGAAGACACUAUACAGGAAAUCCAGAGGGUUCUGGAAAAUGAUGAAAAUGCAGAUGAAGUAAAUGAGGAAGAAGAUUUGGAAGAAGAUAUUCCAAAACGAAAGAACAGAGCCAGAGGAAGGGCUCGCGGAUCUGGAGGUGGAAGAAGAAGGAAUGAUGCUGCCUCCCAGGAUGACCAUGACAAACCAUAUGUUUGUGACAUCUGUGGCAAGCGUUACAAGAAUAGGCCUGGACUGAGCUACCAUUAUGCUCACACUCACCUAGCCAGUGAAGAGGGAGAUGAAGCUCGGGAGCAGGAGACACGCUCCUCACCUGUGCACAGAAAUGAAAAUCACAAACCCCAGAAAGGACCAGAUGGGGCCAUCAUUCCCAAUAACUACUGUGACUUCUGCCUUGGCGGCUCCAACAUGAACAAAAAAAGUGGCCGGCCAGAGGAGCUCGUGUCAUGCUCAGACUGUGGGCGCUCUGGACACCCAACCUGCCUGCAGUUCACCACAAACAUGACUGAGGCUGUCAAAACCUAUCAGUGGCAAUGCAUUGAGUGUAAAUCCUGUAGCCUUUGUGGGACCUCUGAGAAUGAUGACCAGCUGCUCUUCUGUGAUGACUGUGACCGUGGCUAUCAUAUGUACUGUUUAAACCCACCCGUCUUUGAGCCCCCAGAAGGGAGCUGGAGUUGUCAUUUGUGCCGGGAGCUACUCAGAGAGAGAGCAUCAGCUUUUGGCUUCCAGGCCUGAGGGGUUCCAUCAAUCAAGCUGCAGUUUGCUCUUUGACUUGUGGUACCAGCACACAUUUUCCAUCCAGAACACAAAGACACAACACACAUCAAAGAGAAUGGACACUCAAACAUAAGAAGAGGUAUCUACAGAAUUUACUGUCAAAGAGUAGGUUUCACUAAUACAGUACCUCCUGGGUUCUACUAGAAGGAACAUGUCUGCUUUUUUCAAUCCUCCUAAUGAAAUCUUUUCACUGCCAUGCAUGGUUGCUGCUGUACUGUAAUAGGCUUACAUGCAUUAUAUUAAGGGGGGAAAUUGUUAUAUUGACAUUGAGGAGUCGAUUUUGUGUGGCCUUGUGCUCUUUGUUUGGUCUUCUUUUAAAAGAAAGAAAUAGCAACCUAUCUCCCAAACAAUUACUGAUGAGGUGCUGUGGUUGGGGUAUUAGAAAUUGUGACACUUCAUGGGCUUGACUGGAAACCUCUUUACUGCAACUACAUUGUAGACCUAGGCCGGCUUUGAAGGUUGCAUCAUUUUAGUUCUUCCUGAGUCAUGAAUAAUAUAAGCAUGUUGUCACUGACCUCAAAUUCCCUGUGUGACAGUUUCUUUGCUGGAUAUAACCUUUUGAUUGUGCUGACUUCAGAAUUUUGAUUUUAGUGUAACUCAAAAAAGAACGCAAUACAUGUAUACACACAUACAUAUUCCACCCCAUCUAAUUUCUUAUAAUAUACAGGGAGAAAUCCUGGAGUGAAGUUGUUAAAUAUUCCAGGCCAAUAAUUUUGUUUUGUCUAUAAAGAGGUGAAGAAGUACAUCUCUGCACAAACCUGAUUUUUUUGUUUUGCUGUCUAAGAUGAACAUUUUUGGGAGAAAAAACCUCUUUUUGAAUCAACUCAAAAUGAAAAUCUUUCUAGUUCCUUGCUGAACUGAAAAAAAAUAGCUUGGAAUCAAACAAAACAUUUUAUUGUGGGUUUUUAACAUUUUUAAAUUAAAUGUUGGCAUUUUUUUAAAUGAACAUGUUUUCUGUCAGCCGAAAGUUGAAAGCUGUGUUCUAAACACUUGCAAACUACUUGUCAAAUCCAAGUUAAAUUUGCAAACAGUUUUGCCUUCCCACCUCCACAACUAUAUUUUUUGGCAAUUACACUAUUUGUUCCUCCUCCAAAACUCACCCUUUUUAGUGAGGGGUAAAUAAAAACAGCUUUAUUUUAAUUGAACAAUCCUUUAUGGUGUAUCAUACUUAAAUAGAAUGGCGUUGAACUAAUUUCUCAGGAAAGGAAUCUGACCAAUUUAGUUUUAUUGUCCAAGCUAAAUGAAAUGGAGAUUAAAAAGAAAAGAAAAACCUUGCUUGCUUUUGUUAGCAAUUUCUCAUUUCAGUAAUUUAAGGUGUAUUCCAAAUGUCCCCGUAAGGCUGUAAACAUAUCACUUAUGAAUCUGUCGAGUGUUCAAGAAUGGUCUUUAUCUGUAUGUGAUAUGUAAAAUACAUUUAUAAAAAGAUUAAAAAGCUGGCAUAAGAAUAGGAAUGUUGUAUACAUUGGUGAGCAUCCCAAGCAUCAUGAGUGACUCAGGUUGCUUAUACAAAUAGGUAAGGACACACAAGAUUGUAUUUGGAAAAUCCAUAUAAAUUGAAGCCUUUCUGCAAUACCAUCUCCACAAACAUUUAAAAGAACAUGAUCUAAAAGAUGAGUUCUUCUCUAUCUUAGUAAUAACACCUUAAAUUAUUGAACUGAAAUAAAUUGUACAGCUUUUUUCUAUUUCUCCAUUUUACUCUCUCUCUCUCUCUCUCUCUCUCUAACUUGAAUUUCUCUAUUUUACACACACACACACACACACACACACACACACUCACUCACUCACUCACGGUUCUUUUAAACUUUUUGCACUUCUAUCAGGUUGGGCACUGCACAUAGGCUAGUCAGUUUUAUAUUUUUGCUUUCAUAGUUUUACACUCAAAGCUAUCAUAUUGUAUACACAAACCUAAAAUAGAAGUGUUUUAAUCCCCCUAAAACUGCCUCUAAAUUCCAGUAUAGCAUGUGAACACUUUAUUUCUAGUCAUGUUGGACCUAAGGUGCUCCUCGUAGAGCUGCAUUGUUUUUACCCAGGAUUGAUUUGAUCCAUUAGUUUUUGUGGGAGAACAUAACCUAAGCUGAAAACCAGUCAACAGUGUUUUGAGAGAGUACAGACACCCUUUGGUGUGUGUCAUGAUUUAGAAGGGUAAGAUAGAAGCCACUGCAGCCACAUAUUACGUGACCCGGCUGCCUCAGCCACUGCAUAUACAUUCUCUAAACAGUACCUUUUUAAAAAUGGUAAAUGAACCAUCCUUCUUCCAACCCUGCUGGGCAGCGUGCUGAAGCAUUUCCAACUGCUCAUCCCCAUGGUUUCAUCCAGUCCUCUGAGCUGCCCUAGCCUGCCUGUUCUGCUCCCUUGUGCCAUCUAUUAGAAUCUCCUGAGGAGGAACUGAGAGAAGCUGUCAUUUUCCUCCCAUGCAUAUCACCUUAGUUUUCCCUCGGCAGUUAUCCUAGAUCUGCACCAGAGAUGGAGCGUGCUGGAAUAAGCAUAGGGUGCCCAAACUUUCUACUAGGGAGAACUGUGCUGGCACCUUGUCAGAAGCAGGAAGGCCACACCUUACAUACUUCUGUCACAAGAGGUCCAUAAUCUUCACAUUUGCUUGGACUUGCACCUGCCUUGAGAGAUGAUUAGAAAUUGCCUGGUGUUUUUGCUAAACAGCAAUAAAAAUGUGGAGCUGUUUAGCUAUGCUAUCACCAGCCUGUGCUUUGGGGAAGACUGCUGCAGCAGACCACCUCCAGAGACUCCUUGCUGCCUGUUUGGCCUGUCAGCUGCACUUUAGGUCCCUCUGAACAAAGCUUUAAUGGAACUGAUUGUUUUUACUGCUUCUGCACCCUGUGUAUGUUGAUGUGACCAAGACAGUGUUAAUUAGCUAUAUUCCAGAAUCCACAUUCACACCCCAUUUCACUUUCUGUGGCUUUAAGGCAUUUUACAGCAUAUCUUCUCCUCCCACAACUAUUCUGCAGUGAGGAUGAUCCUUUCCUUUUGGAAAUGUUUAUUAAUAGUGGUGCUGAAGUUUCAUCACUAAUGAGGUGUGACCAAAGGAUAAAUCAUUAGAUCUUAAAUUGCAAAAUAUUCUUUACCAUAUGAGUUAAGCUUAAUAGGACCUUGCUUGUCAUGGUCUGGUUACAUUUCACUCUCUGUGGCUUUAUUCUCACAUCUCUAUGUGCACAGACAGUUCCAGCUAACUUCUAGCAGCAGGUUAGCUCCAAAGCUCCCACUUCACCAUUAAGAAGUUCCUGCACCAAACAAUUCCCCUCUUCUGCCUUAUGCUAAGGCAAGAAGUUGAUACAUUUUACUCUGUAAUAACUUUUAGCAUAGCUGUAGAGCUGUGCACAUCCUGAAGUUCUUUACAGAGAUUAAUUAAUUGGCACAAUAACCACUGGAAGUAAUACCAUAUCUGUUUUACAGAGGCAGCAGAGAGCCCAUGUCACAAAAAGGAGAAAUGGGAUUAGAACACUUGAGCCCUGAUUCAAGUUCUAACAUUUGGAUUCACUUCCCUACUGCACUGUCAUUGGUGCAAACUUCUUUAUAGAAACAGCCCCUGAUUAGGCAGUGUAUGAAGCAACAUAUAAUCAAGAUCUUUGAGGAGAACAUUUCAGGGACUCUGACUUCAUGCCUGUCCUUGUCAUGGCGAGGAGGAACAUUUUGCAUCCUUAAUAAAUGUCUGUCAAUCAAGCUGGCACCAUUAAAUUCUCACUCUAUUUGUUUGCCUGUUUCACAGGACUGUAGCUCUUAAAGGCUGUAAAAAACCUAAAUGAAAGUAUUAAAAGUGAAAGCUUAUAGUAUAGGGGUACAUCUGUACUGCAGGAAAAACACAGGUGUGUUCUUCAAUGAAGACUAGGCAACUUGGAUUUUAAUUUGGCAUAGCAGCACAAGGAUAUAGACUUGAACUGACUUACUAAGGAAAACAAUCUCAAAUUGCCUUGUCCUCACUGCUAUUCCAGUCCAAAUUAAAUAACCUAGUUUUGCUAAUCCGAAUUUUUGAGAUUGUCAAGCACUUUUUGCACUGGUGACUUAUCCAGUAAAGACGUUUCUCCAGUUACUCUCUUAUGUGACAUUGUGGACAUUCAGUUAUGUAAGUUUGUUGAUAGUAUUUGAUAUGAGUAGAGUAUAAUACAUUUUUUUGUUAAUUGAGUCCCUUUGGAAAGAACAAACUGCUAAUGGAAAUGGUAGUUUCUGCCUCUCUGAAGCCUUCAGCUCAUGACUAGAUACAUCUCUGGAAGACAAGCUUUAAUCAAAUCGAGUGAGUCAAACAUAAGAAUAACUGGGUGAAAUUCUAUGACUGGUGUUAUGCAGGAUGUCAGACCAAAUGAGGCAGUUGUUCCUCCUGGUCUUAUUAUGAAAACACAUUAGCUGAUUGAUGGGUUCUGUGAAAAUACAAGCCUUGUCUACACAAUACACAAUAGACUUAGAACAUAUUACUUAAAUGCUCACAAAUUUAAGCCUCCCCCCCGCCGUUUCUUUUUUAGUCCACAGACUGCAAUUGUAGGAAAUAAGGGUGCAGGGAGUUGCAAAUUGCAAAAAUUAUCACCCUGGUACUUUAGCUUCCCAACACAAGUAUCCUUCUAGGGAGGACUAACUAUCAGUUCAACACAUCUUCCAGGCAGCUUGGUCAUGGCCUCAUCCUGUCUGGCUCUGUUUUCCACAAUGUAUCAUCUGAUUCCAGGAAGAGAUGCAGAGGGUAGGCAGUUGCUGCAGGUUUGUAGCACCCUACCUGGAAUGAGAGCAUCAAUGAGCCAAGUACAGGAUCAGAAAAACAGACUGCAUCUAGACAGUUCCUUUCUCUUCGACAUUGUGUACUGCCACAUCAAUGUGCUUAAUUUACUAUUAGGAACGAACAUCAAUACCUCUCUCUCCAUGUUAGCCUUUCAGUUCUAAUACAGCUACAGAAACAUGAGCUGUAUCCCAUUCUGCCUCAAAGAAUCAACACCAUUUGCCAGUGGCUUACUUUUGAUAUCCAAGCCUGAGUUCACAGGAUUGACAAGAAAAAAGAAAAGAAAAACAAAACCCACAACUUGGCUUUUAAUGAAUCCCUUUUAAUCUGGAAGCAGAGAAAAUAAAUAUGGCAUCCCAUAAUGUCAUUUGUACACAUUCCUGUGUCUGACUAGAACCACACUUCAUUGGAUUGGGAGGGAAAUUUCUAUUGCUAUUUGAAGCCAGGAAGAGGUGUAAAAUAAUGUGGUGGUAGCAGGGUUUGGAUUUCACAGUGGCUGCUCAGCAAUAGCCUUGAUGCUGUGCAUUAAGCUUUUUUUCCCCUGUGAUCAUGGGACAUUAACUUCCAGCUCUUCCCCUUUGGUGCAGGGCCUGAAAAUAAUUAAUAGUUUCUAAGGAAGAAAAAUGAGCUGCUGAUUUUUCCCUCCCUUUCACCAAGAACAGGAGUACUUUGCAUUCCUUCCAACAACUUUACGUGGUCGUUGAAGGUUAGUUGCUCUUCCUUUUGCCAAUGAUUUUACCUUCUUUACAGCAAAAUGCCUUUGUGCUUUCAUAGCACCUUACAUUUGAAAAUCUGCAAGUGCUUUUUAAAGAGUGAGUUUUAUCUCAAAAUAACAAAUGGCUCCCGUGGUUUCUCAUGGAAAACGGAGGCACAGAGGUCAAUGCCAACUUUUUCAAGUGUCUGUUAAUCUGGGGUAUCUCAAAUGUUGGGUCCCCGACUUGAGAUUGUGUACUGCUUUCUAGAGAUGUUGAAGCAUAGCCAUGUACUUACUCAGUAAUCUGAACUGACCAGGGAUACCCACUUACCAGCAUUUGGUUUAUUGCUGAGCUAGUUGGGGUAUCACUCUUCCAUAACUGUGUUGGAGAAUGGCUCAAGAAUGGGUCUUAAAUUAGGGAAAAAAGCCACUGUUUAGCAGCAUUCAUAUGACCCAAACAUUACUCCUUGUAGCUUUUAAACUACUGUCCCUUGUCGUCUUUUCUGCAGUUUGAAAGGGGUUUAUUAAACUCUGACUCAACAAAAGAAUUUCCUGUACAGCACAUCAUUGUGAGGCUGUUGUGGGUUCUCUACACCUCCUGCUUGUUUUUUUGAAAGGGGUCAAAUCGGAGGAAAGAAGAGGGUGACUGUAGAAAGAAAUAUUAAUUAAGCCUGUCACUGCUCCAGGGUCCAUAUCCUUUGAGCACAAAAAUAUCCCAUGUGGCCCUGGGAAUUGUUUUAUCUGCAGUUGUGGGAAGACAAAAGUAUUUUAUGAACUUGGGUUGAAUUGGAUAACAGAAAACUGCCCUUAGAACGACAUGUCUGUUUGCCUAAUCAGCAGGCACUGAGAUCUAUAGGUCUAGAAAAUAGUCUUUUAAAGGAAAAGUGGAAGGAGCUGUUUUUCUUCACACAUUAAAAACAGAGUACAUACUAAUGGGAAGAAUCUUGCAUGUGGCUUGGAUGUAAACUAAAUAAAAAUAAAGGAGGACAAGAUGACAAGAAGAUCAUGAUCAAUUGAACCAAACUAAACUAAUAAUUUGAAGAGGGUAGUAUAUUUGUCCUGAAAUUCUGGAGAAAGUAGUUUCAGUGGCCUAUAUAGGGUGGAAGGCUGCUUGGAGAGGCACUCAGUGGUAUCUGGUGCUCCCCCUGUCUGUUUGCUGUAUCCACCUAUUGUGCCUGAUCAUCUGCUUGGGAUGUAAGCUCUUUGGUUCAAGGACCUCUGUUGAGAUAUAUAGCAGUACAGUGUUCAGCACAGCGAGUCAGAGCUGCCCCAAUGCUACCAAAUUACAAAUAUAAAAGCAAACCUUUCCCAUCCUCAGCUCCUAUGAUUAUUUAUUCAAAUUGUUGGUGAGAUGUGGUAUGCAUCCUCUAGCCCUCAAGGAGUCAAACUUGGGAUUUGAGUGGCGAGGAAGGGCGAAGCAAUAGGAAUGGGGAAGGCAGCAUAAUUUCAUGAAAAUCUUUUCCGUGUCCAUUGUUUUCAUAGUUAACAUCAGAGAAGUUCUCACAACCAACUAAAAGACAAGGGGAGCCAAUUUUAUUUCACUUCAUUAUGGGGGUGUUCUCAUACUCAUGCCUCCAUAUACCCACAUGUACAUACUCUACGUCCACUGGUUUGUAUUAACCUUGAGUCAACAAGUUAUGCUAGGUAGAGAUUUUGUCUCCUCUACUAGAAUCAGGGUCCCUAACAAUGACAGGAAAUGUAAUGUACUCUAUGCAGUCUCUGCCCACAAUCCCAAACUGCAAUGCCUAUGCUAAAAUGACUUGCAAUGUAAUAGAUGGUAAUGUUUACAUUUUAAUUGUCAUCAUUAGGUUUCAGUUCAUGAAUAACUGAACUGAAUGGGGGAAGUUCCACCAUAGUUCAAUAGUGCUAUUGAUUCUUUCUAAUUGCAGACUAAGAAAGUCAGCUGUACUGAAAGAUUACUUCAGAUAUUUAUUCACAACCAGAAGGGGUAGAUUGUUUCCUGCUGUAGUCAGGAAAUACAGGGUCAAUUUCAGCUCCGACUUGUCUGGUCUUAACAAAUCACUAAACCUCUUUGUGUCCCAGUUUCCUCAAUGUGUAAGGUAGAGAAAGUAAUUUUUACCCAUUUGUGCAAAGUGCUUUAAGACCUAUGACAAAUACUAAAUGGAUGUGAAGUAUUAAUGUUUACUAUUGUGAAAACCAAGUCACAUUUGAAAAUGGAGAAAAACUACCCUCUAGCUAUCUAGGAUGCUUUUCCCUCUUACCACGUGAAACUCAAGCAACCCAAGUCAGUGACACUGGACACAGUGAUGAGAUUCAGGUGGCAUUCCAGGAGUCUCAUGCUGAUCAGUCAAUGUCCUUUCCUGCAAAGGAAAUAAAUAGCUUUUGUUGAUUGGCUAUGUUUCCUCAUUCUGGUCAGAGAAGGACAGGAGCUGGGACUGGCAGGCAGCCAAAUCCAUCUUCAGUGAUGAUAUAAUUACUAAUAAUGACCUCCAGCCCAGGCGGCUAGUUAAGUGGCUUUUGAGGGCACGCACCAACCCUAGUCUGGUUUAUAUAAGAUAAACUCAAUUUUGUUGGAGUGGAAGGGAGUUUAUGUCCUUUAGAGAAGCAGAUCUUCCUGGUCCCAAGGGAACUGUUCCAGCAGUAACAUCAGCCCCCAAAUAGGUCUCUGUCAGGAUUAUCAUAACAGCACGUUGUCCCUCACCAACAUUUCGAUUAGCACAAGGACUUUAAUUUAGGGACAGACGGUGAAAACCUCAUUUUCACUGCUAACCAGUCACCACAAGCACAGGCCCAUUGAUGUCAAUAGGUCUGCUCGGAUAGUAGGGUACUACUUACCAUAAGCAAGGCUGAGCAGGAUCUCUCCCUGGUUGUUAAUCAAUAGAAAAACUGAAAGGGGAUGAUUGAAAACAAUCAGCUGGUAUCCUAAGAGGAAUGUGUGCUCACUUAUAUUAGGUGAACCAUAUGGUGAGAGAAUAUGGAGAGGCGGGUGUUGGGAGAGGGAGGCUAUGCACAGGAUUGAGUGGUAAAGGAAUUGUGCUAUAUCCCCAUCUCUCUUGGUGAAUUGCUAUUUGGUCUUUGCAAGUCAUGGGAGUUUACUGUGCCUCACUUGAACUAGCUGUAAAAUGGAGACAAUAAUACUUAGUAUCGUGGCAGCAGAAGGGGUUUUCUGCAGGGCUUAUGCCUUAAUUUUACAGAAGUGAACCUUAGAAAAUCAGGUCACAAACUCAUUAAUGUUUUAAUGUGUUUUCAGGUCCUUGGGUAGAAGUAUUGUUAUAUUAUUCACUGGUGCAUUUAAAGUAUUCACCCUUAUUGUUGUUUUGGAACACAAAAACUACUUUUCUCAUCUCCGUACAGCCUCCCCCAGGUCUUAUAAGCUCAGCAUUAAGCAGUGUUUCAUACCUUUCUGAUUGUAGCCUUUUUCACAUCUUGACAUCCUUACAGUCUUUCACUCAGUCCAGACUCACUCUUGUCUCGGUUCACUGAAAUGCAUUUUAGGCUUUACAUCUCCAGUGAAUUGAGAGCUGAACUCCAUCUUUUCCAGAGGACUGUAGUUCAGAUGCUUCUCCACAGUCUAAGCGACUGAGAAAACUGACAAAGUCCAUUUCAGGUUAUUCACUUUUCCAUGUCCUGUGAGAAUUUUUCUUUGUCUGGUAGUAAUAUAACAGUGUUAGCUUCUAUCUCACCUGUACAUUCCCAGGAAAUAUCAUACUGGGGGGAUUUUUUUGUCUAUAUGGAAGGGAUUUUAAUUCUGCCUCUGUUACUUAAUAAUUCUAACUUGCUAGCUAACAGGAGGGAAUGGCUGUGUGUCCGUAGUAAUGAAAAUCAGGAUUUUGGUUUUCUUCAAACUGGAUGAGUGUCAAAUAGAAGAUAACCUAUCCCCAGACAUACCCUAUCUUUCAUAGCUUUCCCCAGAAACACAAGAAAUGGGUAAGUUCUUUCCUCACUCUUUCAUUUGUCUUGCUCCUAUGUUCUUAUAGAAAGACAACAGUCAGGAAUUUCCAAAGGCCAACUCCAUUCGAAUUUUGUUGAGGAGCGCUGUCCUAUGCCCUCUCGUCAUAGCUCUUUUCCUUCCCUUAAACUAAAACCUUACUGAAAUUCUUAAAAACUGUGUUCCAAUGCCUGGUUUAAAGGGCUGUGGGCAACCCAGUAAUAAAGGUAGUCCCAAACCAGACCAAAACAUCAGCUCUCAAUAAAUACUCCUAAAAAUACAUGUGUUCAAAAGAUACAUUUUACUAUGUCCCUGAUGAAUGAACCAAUGGGCAUCCUUUACUUUGGAGUGGCUGAAAUUCAAAUAUUGAGUUUAUCAGUGUUGAGUGUUCAUAUACACUUUAUUUAUACUUUUAAAAUACUCUUUAAAAAUGAGGGGGGGCAACAUUGCAGCUCAGCCUUUCUCUCCAGAUGGUAUUGCACUUGACUGUCUUUCUACUGCAGGAAAAGCCAAGCAUGGCUCCCCUUUGUUUACGUCUUUAUGUUUCCAACAGCAUCACAGGUAGGGUCAGCAGCAUUGCACAUGUUCCUGGGAACAGUAAGCAGCAGUUUAGUGACUUGCUGCUGGAAAGGGAGGCUCAGCCGUGUUUAAUGUGUCAUGUUAACAUGCUGGCUCAUUCUUGUGCUGUUUCAUUAACUGAUGACAACAGAAGGCUUACUAGACAAGAUCGGGUGAUCAGUUGUAAGGAGAUGUCCUCUAAAAUAAAUGUUUUCUCUGUUACUUGUGGUAGAGUUGGAAAGAUGUUGUAGGCAUGCUGGUCCAGGAAAAAUGCAAGAGACAAGGAUUUUUGUGGGUGAUAUCUUUGAUUGGAUCAACCGCUGAGUUGGGAGGGAUACAGACAAGCUUUUGAGUAUGAAGUCCUGUGAAAGAAGUAGAGAUGCUCAGGGCACAUCUAUACAGUCUAUUAAUGCACAGCAAUAAACUCCAGCACAUAUCGCUCAGAGUUUAUUGCUCCCAGGCGCCACGUUUGAAUGUGCGCCCAGAACUGCAGC